AUGGAGAAUUACAAUAUCUACGACGAGAUCGGACGCGGCACACACUCAUUCGUAUAUAAAGCGCGACGAAAACGCAGUAUUGAGUACGUAGCUGUCAAAUCCACGGCUAAAAGCCGCAUGAAUAAGAUUCUCAACGAGGUUCAGUUUUUACACAAGCUCGAUAGCCCACAUGUACUGAAAUUUUUCGACUGGUACGAAUCAUCCAACCACAUUUGGCUCAUUUUCGAGUAUUGUAUGGGCGGCGAUCUGCUCAACCUCAUAACGCAGGAUAAACAGCAGCCAGAGUCUACCGUACAGACUUUUGGACUUGAACUUGUGGCUGGAUUGCAAUAUUUGCAUUCGAACAGCAUUUUGUUUUGUGAUUUAAAACCUGCUAAUAUUCUUAUUGAUGAAUGCGGUUCGCUUAAAUUGGCAGAUUUUGGAUUAGCACGUCGUAUUCCUGGACUCGAUGCAGCACCUGCGCCAACACUUGCUCCAGGUUCGCCGCAUUAUAUGGCACCUGAAUUAUUCCAGCAACCGGCAAUUCACAGCUUUGCAUCAGACUUUUGGGCAUUGGGCUGUGUUUUCUAUGAACUUAGAACUGGACGACAACCAUUUACUCAUACUAAUUUCUCAGACUUAGCACGAAUGAUUCAAAAAGAAACUGUGGACUUCUCAGUUGCUGGCUCUGAGCUCUCGCCUACCUUUCGUGACUUACUACAGCGUUUGCUAACCAAAGACCCUUAUCAACGGAUUACAUGGGACGAGCUGGUUGAUCAUCCUUUUUGGAGUUCAUUACCUCGACUAGAGAAACUUGCAAUGCCUAGGCAGAUCAAAUUUGAUUCCAACGCCCCAAUGUCGCUCAGUGAACAGACUCACAUCCAUGCUACCUCAAAUAAUUUCAAGGUUAAUUCGAAAAAAAUGCGACCUGGUAUUAAGGAUUACAAAGACAAUAACAUGGCUGAUGAAAAUAGAGGUGACCAUUCUAGACCGCCACCUGAUCCAAAGUCAGAUAUUUUUUUUCCGGUUGGCAUUCCUUCUCAAGAUGAGAUUAGACCUAUCAGCGCACCGACUUCCUACUUAAGCACAUUACAGAACAACAGCAAAGAUGUUGACGAAAAUCACGAUGCUAUUUUGAACGUCCCCAGUCAUUUAAGUAAAAUCCGACAGCACUGGAAAGCAAUGACCAAGCCGUAUUCUGCACCUCCUGCUACCCGAGAUACGUCAAACCGGCGACCACAGCUUAAUGAUUUGUUUGAUCGGAGUGGAUUGUUUGGUACUGGGUUGCGCAAGAUAUCUAAGCUUGUCUUUACUGCCGCAGAUUGCCGUGUUAAAUCAAUUAUCGGUAACAACGACUUUCAAGUCGAAGACUUGCCUCGCAUUCGGGCAGACCUUGUACAGUUUACUCUUUUUACGCCAGAAGACCUACUUUCGUGCUCAACAGAGGCUUUAGAAACCCAGCUUAAGGAUAUUUACAUGAGUCUUAAGUCCUCGCAGGAUCUUUCAAAGCUCAGUGUCUUGGCGUACUUAUUUACUCUGAGCUGCCAUGCCCGGCUUGCUCACGUGAUCGUGAAUAGCUCCCUACUUAAACUCUUGAUUCGUUUGCUGGCACAAGAAGCUCAGUCAUCUGUGCCAAACAAGACUACAAUUUCAAUGCUGUGCCUUGUUCUUGGCAUUCUCUUCCGCUUUGCAACUUUUAUUGCGCCAUCUUCGCUUGAUCAAUUUCAGCUGCUUGUGACGUCGCUUUCGGAAAUCGUUAGCAUACCUGAUGAAGAUCCUGGUUUCGAAAUAAGUGCUUCUUCGAAAGAAAUGCAGCCUCGCUCGCUAGCACUCGCGUGUCUUGGGGAGUUACUGUUUUACAUUUCAACUCAACACGAAUGGGAAUUACCAAUGGAAGGCGUUGAGACUGUCCUCGCUUGCAUAGAGGACACCGAUGUCGCAGCUCGGUUCUACACUAUUAGAACGCUGGGUAACAUGUUAAUUCAUUGUACCGAUUCUCUGAUUCUGCUUUUGGUGAAUGAAAACAUUGUGUUGACGUUGAUGCGAGGGCUGUUGCAGCUUGCCACCCCGAUGUCGAGUGACGACGUUAAAGAGCAAAGGAAAAGGAUUGCACUUCAAACAGCAACAACUGAGGCACUUGCGCAAGUGUUGAGGCAUCUUCGCUUGCCUUCAUCAAAUGCUCUGCUCCCAUCUCGGCUGAAACGCUCAAUUUUAUUAUUUUUUGCCAAGCCGGAUCUUUUACACGCAAUAUGGCGUGGUGUUCAAUGUACUCAAGAAUUUGCAGAGUUGGCAAUCGCAUCGCUGAACAUCAUCAACGCAUUUUUGGAUUUGAAACUGAGUACUAACAGCGAUGCAGAGUCUGCUGCGAUCAAGGCAAGCCGAUCAUUGCUACUGGACCGGAUUGUAGUCUUCCCAACAAUGUUGAAAAUUCUGGAAUUGGGCACUUCGCUUGAUAAUGAGAGUCUGACUAUCAUGAAAGCAAAGGUUUUGAUUCUGCUUCACCUGGGAGUGCACUCAAAUAGGAGUCUAUUACACUUGUUUGUACAGCAAAAGUUAUUGGAUAUUGUGGAGAGCAUUGUCAACCCGAUUGAACACGAGCUCCGCGCUGAUAAAAACGAUAUUGACUCACAAUCACCAGAGUCUAAAUUAUCAGCAAGUAAACAGUAUCUCGCGCAGUGUGCUUUGAAUGUGUGCAAGCUGUCCAUUCGAAUGGCUUUAAAACUUGGAGCCGUUUGUUUUUCUAUGCACAGCAGCAUCAAGGAAGAUCAAGUAGGAAGCUCAAAUAAUGGUGAGCAUCGAUCAUAUACCGUAUCACCAAUACCGUUCGAGCUAUUUAGUGAUCUGCUGCGCAAUCCAAAUUGUCGCCAACAAUUGCUUACCUAUUUUGUGGCAAAUGACAGCAAGCAAUACACCUUCUUCUUACGGUUAAUGACAGAGCUACUCAUGUCAUUCUCUGAUGAGACCAUAGUCAUUCCGUGGAAGACUGAAACAACAAGAACAAUAGCACAACAUGUAUCAGAAAUAUUGUUAGCUCUAUUCAAACAUGGAGGAAAGGAAGCAAAUGACAUCGUCUUUGUGGAGCAGCAAGUGCUAUUCGGUCACUUACUACCAGCAGUAGUAAAGCAUAUCAAUGGAACAUCGGCAGGUACUCGUGAAAAUGUGUCGUCGAACUGCCUUUGUAUUCUUCACGUUGUCUUACUGGAGUUCGACUAUCAGAGUGGCAAUCAUGACAAGAAGUCGCGCGAUGUUUUUACUCAAUCAAUACUCAUUCCUCACAUCAAUGCGUUGUUUGCAAAUCGGCACGGUCUGGUCGAAAGAAUUUGGACACUAGUAAGUCAACUUCUUCAUGGUUUACUUUCUACGGACCCUACUCUUCUCCAGCAAGUGGAAUCUGUCAAUUUGGUACCAACGAUCGUGAAUCUGCUACGAGUUCCUGACGAGUUUCAUUCGCUGCCUUUGCAUGCUACCCAGCUUGUUCAUAUGCUCCUCGAUUCCAGUCACGUAAACAUAGAAUUAUUGCACAAGUCUGGACUUGCCAAGAGUGUUAUUGCCGGCUUGACUUUUGCAUUUAAACGCGAACUGCUGGAUGAAAGUCUGCUAGAUUUAGUAGUCAUUCUAUUGACUCUGCUUCACCAGCAGCACGAAAACAUGCAGCAAUUAGAGCCCUCAACAACUCUAUUUGAAUUUGAUGAAAUUUUGUCUUGUGGGCAAUUACUGCUACAGUUCUGUGCAUGGAGCGGCAAACACAUGUCAUGUGAAAAUAAAUCAGAUGAGAAUCGCCGAAGGAGAGAUGAGCUUGCAGAUGUAACUUCUCGCUGUCUCUUAUUACUCUCUCAGAUAUCUGGUGAGCAGCUGAACGAAAUCUUCUUUCGUCAAAAUGAAGCAUUUGUAUCGAACGCGGAUGAUUUCGUAUCAACAUCGCUUACGAAUUGCUUACAAGGCAACAUGAAUGGCGUCGUCUUGCUGCGCGUACUACUUACAUUGAAAAACUGCCUUAGCUAUAAUACAUCGUCCCACUUGAGUCGGUGGGUAUUGCAAAAAGGUCGUAUUUCCAGCAUGAUCGAGACUCUGGUCCCUGAUAUGCAAACUAUUCAAUUAGAUGAAGCUCAGAACGAAAUGGAACCAGAAUUUCUGUCGGUAAAGGAGAAGAUAUUAAAUGCUGCAACAGCAAUAACACAUCUGUGCCGCUCCUCAGACUCAAGAUGA